AAAAUAAGGUAGCAGGUAUGUUAUCUCUCAUACCUAUUUUUUAACCAUAUAACAACGGUUAACUAAUGUGUACUUGGUCAUGGUUUGUGAACAGUAAUUUUCAGUACACUUUAUCAAUUUAAUCUACAUUCAACAACGUCCAGAAUCCAGUUGAAAAAAAAAAUUACAAUUGUCAACAAAAUCAUCGAUCUUUUUAGUCAAAAUUCAUGAUGUGGUUUUGUUGAUUUAAAUAAUUUAAAAAUUUAAAGUAAUACAUAUGAAAUGUUUAUUUCAUUAUUUCAAUAAUUGUUCUGUAUUAUUAUAUAUUGGUGAAAAUACUGAGUACAAGCAAAUUAAACAUUCAAAGUUUUCUUUACCAUAGCAUGACAUUUACUAGCAAUCCAAUCAUGUUAAUUGAAGAAGAAAGUACUGGCAAUGUUUCAACUCAACCUGGUAGAAUUCAAGACAAACAUAUUUGGAAAUCCUUAAGAUCUCACAUAAUUUCUCGUAGAGAAAAAAACAAACAAGCCGAAGCUGACGCAGAAGUUCUAAGGAAGAAAAAAUGUGUAGAGUUUCAAAAAAUGGAGGAAAACAAAUUAUCAUUAGCUCAAAUUAAUGGACGUUUGUCUGCUUUGAGAGAUAGGCGUGAAGAAUUGGAAGAGGAAAAACGUGUGUUAUUGAAUCAAGUACAAGCCACAGAUGAAGCCACAUCUUUAAUAGUCCCAAAAUCUGAAUCUAAUAGUGAAUCCCUAAACAACAAAUUAAUAAUAACAAAUAAUAUCAAUAAUACUGCAGUAUCACAUCAGCGCUCAUCCAAUCUUCUUCAGCCACAGCAGCAUAUAUAUAGGCAGCAGACUUCCAUUACUGCCCAACCAAAUUCAGGAUCACCUGUUGCAGGUAGCAGUUUGAGUCCAUUAGCACAGCAAUCUUUGCUGAUGCAAAAUUCAAAUGCCAAUAUGGCUUGUGGCAGUAAUCAAACAUUAUUGGUUUGUUCACCAGCUACAAUAAAUGCAGUUGUCGCAAACAAUCAAAAUAACAAUAGUUCAACACGUUCAUCAAUAUCAUUAACGUCAUCAUUGCCUAACACAAUGACUUUUACAAAAUUUUCAUCAAUGUAUAGCAGUAGUUCUUCACAUUUACUUCCACCGAAUUUAGGAACAAGUAAUAAAUUAGGUAGGACUCCAUCCCCACAGCCUCCAACUAUCCAGCAACAAUCUUAUCAUCAACAACAACCUAUUGUUGUACCAUUUCCUACUUACAAAUCAAUGAAUAGUGGUAGUGGGGGGUCUAGUAUUUUAAACUCGUCAACAGGAGUAGUUAAUAAUAUCAAUCAAUCAAUUGUGAAUCCAACAAACAAUAAUUAUUCGUUGGAAAAUAUUAAUAGACGUGGAAGUAGAGAUGAAACUCCUUCUUCGUUUUCUAGAAAUGUAUCUAUGUGGAAUAACAAUAAUCCUAAUAAAAAUACUCAACCAAAUGUCAGUAUUUAUGGAUCAUUCUAUCAGCCUCCUUCUGCUACUGCAGUAAAUUAUUGUGUCAAUAAUAGUAUUUCAUCAUCACCUUCAUCAUCAUCUGUUAAUACAGUAUACAGUUAUUCUGGGACACCUCCUUCGAUGUCAAGAUCAGAAUCAACUGGUAUUGGAAAUUUAAUGGUUACUGCAUCUCCUAAUGAUCACGGAGCCCAAAUAUCAAAAUCUAGUUCUUCUCUCCAACAGCAACAGCAUCACCAACAUCAUCAUGGGCAUACAAAUCCACCAAUGUAUAUGAGUCCUGGCAUUCGUAAUCAAACUAAUAACCACACAUAUCACCCAAAACCUUCUCAUAGCCUAUAUGGAGAUGAAAAAUUGAUACCUCCACCAACAAAUUAUUAUCAGCAACAAAGUGGUAGAAAUAUACAUUCUUCAGGUACACAAUCACAACAUCAAAUGUCUCAAAAAACACAUAAUUUGAACUAUUUACGACAACCUUCAUCUGCUGCGUCCCAACUCUCUCCUGUUGUUUUACAGCCAUCUCAACAUGGAUCAUAUUCAAAUCCUACAAGCUCAAUUACAGGGUAUUCAGCCAAAUCUCCAGGUCCUGUUACUGCUGUUACUGAUAUUUCUAGAUAUCCUCAUCAAUCACAAACUCAAUCAUCAAGGGAUAUGAAUAAUUGAUUUGCAAAAUUUUUAGUUUAAAAGUAAUAUAAUUUUAUAGUUGAAGAAUGAAAUUAAAUGAUAUGCUCAAGCAUAAUUAUGGUCAGUAAA